ACUGAAAAAAUCAAUUAUUUUCUUUUAAUUUAGUCAACACCGAUGACUAAAGCAGAGAAAACUCUAUGAAGAUACAUUUUAUUUGGUGAAGUUUGAUUCAAUUUUAUUUAUACGACGCUUUUCACAACGUGCAUUGUUCCAAAGCAGCUUUACAGGAGAAAAAACAUGGUGUUUAUUGAUCAAGAUCAUAAAUGAUAUAUAAUAAAAGCAGUCUCCAGGUGAGCAAGCCAAUGAUAAAAUAUUGAGGAUGAGAGAAACCAGGCUCAGCAGGGAGGGCCAGGUCCCCCCUGACGUGUCACAGCUGCUUUCAGUGACUUUGAAUAAAAGUUACUGAGAACAUGUUUAUGAAAAUGAGGAGAGCUAUUAGUUUUGAUUUAUUUGUUGAAACGGUUUUUUUUCCUUGUUUUGUGAUCGAUAUGAGACAACAGAGAAAUGUUAUGGCAUAAUGUACCCGAGUGCAGCUAUAACUAUAACAGCUACUAAACUAAAGUUUAGCUUUAGAUACCAAGUAUUGUAAAUUUAGCAUUUAAUUAAAAGAGACUAAUCAGCGUUGCUGCUGUUCAUUAUUAUUAUUAUUUGCAUUUUAUGCAUUAAGUAAAUACUUGUUUGAAAACAUGUGUCUUUAAUCUAGAUUUUAAUUAGUUUAAAUCUUGGUGUUAUCAAAUGUCUGGAGUAUUGAUGUUAGAGAGUGUGAUGGGUUGUAGUGUGAUAGAAGCUCUGUUGUGUAUGUAGGGGCUAAACUAACCGUAAUUAAAAGAACUUUAAAGUCAAUAUGAUACUUAAUGGUUAGCCAGUGAAGGAAUGAUCAAAUUUGGGUUAUGUGAUCAUAUUUUCUGGACCUGGUUAGAACUCUGGCAGCUGAAUUCUGAACUAACUGUAGUUUGUUAGCGAUGAUGCGGGACAACCACUGAGUAGUGGAUUACAAUUUCUUCAAAAUCUUGAGGUCACAAAUGCAUUAGCUUUUCUGCGUCACAUAUUUUCUGCAUUUACAUAUUUUGUAAUUUGGCACCAUUUUUAAGGUGUAAGAAGGCUGUUUUGUGACAAAUAAUUCAUUCCACAAAAUAAACACCACUAUGAACCAUAGGCAGCUUACCUAAAAAAAACAAUUCAAAAUCACUUUAUGUAUUAAUGUGCCUUAGGCCUUAUUACAGUAGGACUCAUUGGAAUCUAAUGGUUCCCAUCUGCCAGAUAUCAUCCCACCAACAAAACCCAACUCAUAGUUUUGUUCAGCAGGCCAUCAACAGGGCACAUUUCUAGACAGUUGGUGUUGAUGUGCACCUCACUCAAGUAAUCUGAACUAAUCCUUUUAGUGUUUAAUCUGGUGUGGGAACGACACGUUUUUGCACACACAAGGAGUGCCACAUCUUUCCUGGACAGAAGUGUCUGAGAUACUUCAUGCGUAGCAAUGAAUCCCUUUCUAUUUGCUGAAUUCACUUUGUUUUGGUGUUUGGUUGCCUGUGCACAGAAUCCAACGUGCCCGUCUUUAUGCACGUGUGUUUUUCACGGUCGAAGCAAUAACAAGGAACUCAGAACUGUUCUGUGUAAGAACCCAGCCUUGACUGUCAUUCCACUAGAUCUCCCAAGUGAUACGGUCAAGUUUCGCCUGGAACGCACGUCUGUUUCAAGGAUAUUAAGAGGUGCUUUCUCUGGAAUGCCACAACUCCUUUAUCUGUGGCUCACGUAUAACUCCAUCACUGUUUUACAUCCAAGGAGUUUUACGAACCUGUCUUCCCUUCACGAGUUACGAUUAGACGGCAACCUUCUUUCCACCUUCCCCUGGGAGGGACUUAGGGACGUUCCACGCCUCCGAACCCUUGGAUUGCACAAUAACCGCCUGGCACGAAUCCCACCCUUGGCUGCGCGUUACCUAGGCAAUAUCACUUAUCUGGACCUCUCGAGCAACAGGCUGAACAUGCUGCCUAAUGAUCUGAUCGCUCUGUGGCCGCUGGUCUCGCUCAGCGAAACAAGUCCACCCCAGCGCUCUGUGGUUUUAGGUCUUCAGGAUAACCCGUGGGUGUGUGACUGCAGGCUUGCCUCCUUGCUCGAUAUUAGCAAGGCACCGGAGUCUUCCAUGGCCCUGCUGGAUCGGUUCCUAACGUGCAGUGGACCGCCAGGCCUCGCCGGAGUUCCCUUUCAAAGCGUGGAGCUCUCUCGUUGCCGCAGGCCAAACGCGGUGACCUCUGGCACAAAGAUCACAGCUCUGCUGGGGAGCAAUGUUCUGCUUCACUGUGACGCUACGGGACAUCCCACCCCCGCGCUUAUGUGGUUCAAAUCUGCCAGACCAAAUCAUUAUAACACAGGCUGUUGUAAGCAGUUUCAGAGCAGCAUGGAAACUGAAAGACUGCCCAGAAAACUCUCCGGCUAUGUCCAAGACUCUCAUGGAGUGGGAAUCCGUUGGUCAGCUGUCAGUCUUAAUGGAGUAUCCUAUAAAGAUGCAGGAGAGUAUCGAUGCAGAGCACAAAACAUGGCAGGGAUAUCAGAGGCCAUUGUGAGUCUGAAUGUGGUGGGCUUAAUGGCUGAAUAUGCAAACUCCCAGAAUACAGACCAACAGCAAACAGCUGCAAAAUCUAACUAUUCACAGAAGAAACCAAACCAAUCUAAAGUCUCUGCGUCUCCGUUACCUAAAAACAUUACGGGGCCUCUUUCAGCCUCAAAGAAAGUGAUAAACAUCCCUAAAAUCAACAGAGAUAAGAUGCAGAUGGACAGAGCAGAUGGUCACUUUUUGAUCUCUUUUGAUUCUGAGAUGCAUGAAAGACAAACACCUCACGUCUCAAUGUCCAUUCACACCGAGCUCAACUAGAAACACAGAAAGAAUUUUUUUUUCAAACUAUCUAAAGGAUCAUUCAUUACUUUGGUGUCAUUCCUCGAUUUUGUAUUUUAAUAACCACCAGGUGGCAGCUUUGAGCCGAAGACCGUUCACCAAAAACAACCUGUUAAUUUAGCUAACUUUGUAUUCUUUUAAUAAACACUGUAGUUGUACAUCAUCUGUUAUACAGAAAAUAAAAGCUGUAUGAAAGGAAUUGGUUUCAAAACAGUCUUAAAGGGCUAUUCCACCCAAAAUGAAAAUUCUGUCGUCGUUUACUCAACCUCAAAUUGUUCCAAAUCUGUAUAAUCUGUUCUGAUAAACACAAAGAAAGAUAUUUGGAAAAAUGUUUGCAAAUGACAUUUCGGGGACAUUGGUGACUACCAUAGUAGGAAAAAGUUGUGUAUAUUUUUUAUUUGUUCUGUGGAACACGAAGAUAUUUUGAAGAAUGUAGGAAAGCAAACAGUUCUGGGGCACUAUUGACUACCAUUUUAAUUUAGCCUACUAUGGUUGCCUAAGUGGCAAAGAUUAUUAUUUUGCUGACUUAUUAAGUUUAUAGUCCGUUAAAUAAUAGAGCGAUCAAAUUGAGUGUUGCAUUGUUUCUUUAAUCAGGCUCUGACACUUCGGUUUUAUGGAUUAUGGAUUAUGGAUCCUCAGACUCUUAGAUAAGGAAUUUACAGCACCAAUAUUUCCAGCUCUUGCUCACCACCUGUUGCAGACUGAUGAAAACAAGUCAAUGAAAAUGUCAGUUUUAUCAGAUUGGUUCUUUCAUGUCCUUGCUGCUCUGCUGUGAAGAUUUAACAACUACUUUGAGAACACCAUUCCUGUAAAGUAUUUUACAAUAUUCCUAAUGUAGUGUGUGUGUUUUCAAUGGAAACAUUUGUGAGAUUUUCUUUCAAAUGAAUGACAAGAUUUUAUGAUUGUUUGCAGGUAAUGUUUCAAACUCUAAUCUGUAUGUCAUCCACUAAUUGAAACAUGUGCCUCAAAUGACUAAACAUAACCAUUCAUCAAAAUUUGAAUGUUGCUUAAAUAUGGUUUCAUAAAAGACAUGCAGUGAGUUUUCCUGCAUGAUCUUUGUUGAUUACAGAGGGUUGUAAUUGUAAAGUUGCGGGUGAGUUGCUGUACUUAUAAAAAUAAAUUGAAAUUGCAUAACUUACUUCGAUGAGUUGAUGUAAAAACCUGUAAAAAUUUUAAAUAGUAAGUUGAAAUAAUAUGUUGAGCAAA